AUGGCCCAGCCCCGGAGCCCGGUGGACCACGGAGUCCAGAUCCGCUUCAUCACAGAGCCAGCGGGCACCCCGGAGGCGGGCACCCUGCGCCACGCGGGGCGACGCCCAACCAAGGAUGCGAGAGCCAGCAGCUAUGGGGUCGCCGUGCGUGUGCAGGGCAUCGCCGGGCAGCCCUUCGUGGUGCUCAACAGCGGGGAGAAAGGGGGCGACUCUUUCGGGGUCCAAAUCAAGGGGGCCAACAGCCGAGGGGCCCCGGGAGCCCUGAGCCCCGACCCGGAGUUCCCUGAGGGCGCCUACUCUCGGGCCAGGGAGCCGCCUGGCCGCCGCCUGCAGGACAGCAUGUCCGACGAGGAGCCGGGGGGCCCCUGGAACGGACGGCUCCUGCGCUCCCAGUCCCAGGCCUCGCUGACGGGCCUGGCCCCUAUGGGUCCGGGCCACAGGAGCACCAGCAUGCUGGAGCUGGCCCCCCACGAAGCUCCCCCAGGGAGCACCAUUGACACGGCUCCCCUGUCCUCCGUGGACUCCCUCAUCAGCAAGUUUGACAGUCGCCAGGGGGGCCAGGCCCGGGGCCGGACCGGCCGCCGCAUGCGUUCCGUGGCCCCCGAGCAGCGCAAGCGGAGCCAGAGCCUGGACAACCGGCUCCCGCGGGACCCCCUGGAGCAGCGGGAGCGCAGGUCCCCCAGCCCCUGGGGCCACAGCGGGAAGCGUGAGGACCACGGGGGCGGCUUGAGACAGCCGGCGCAGAGCCAGAACGCGCCCGGAGGGUUCAGCCGUUCCCGCCAGACCCAGGACUGGGUCCUCCAGAGUUUCGAGGAGCCUCGAGGGAGGACCCAGGACCCCGCCAUGCUGCAGUUCAAAUCCACUCCAGACCUUCUCCGGGACCAGCAGGAGGCAACUCCACCGGGCGGUGUGGACCACGUGAAGGCCACCAUCUACGGCAUCCUGAGGGAGGGGAGCUCAGAGAGUGAGACAUCGGUGAGGAGGAAGGUCAGUUUGGUGCUGGAGCAGGUGCAGCCUCUGGUGAUGGCUGCUCCGGCUUCUGCUAAGUCCCUGGCAGGGCAGGGCGAACUCACCCGGAAAGUGGAGGAGCUACAGCAGAAGCUGGACGAAGAGGUGAAGAAACGGCAGAAACUGGAGCCGACCCGGGUUGGGCUGGAGCGGCAGCUGGAGGAGAAGGCGGAAGAGUGCAGCCGUCUGCAGGCGCUUCUGGAGAGGAGGAUGGGGGAGGCCCAGCAGAGCACUAAGGAGCUCCAGAACAUGAAACUCCUCCUGGACCAGGGUGAGAGGGUACGACAGGGGCUGCAGACCCAGGUGAUGGAGCUGCAGGACAAGCUGAAACAGGCCCAAGGUCCUGAGCCUGCGAAGGAAGUGCUGAUGAAGGACCUGCUAGAGACCCGGGAACUUCUCGAAGAGGUCUUGGAGGGGAAGCAGCGGGUGGAGGAGCAGCUGAGGCUGAGGGAGCGGGAACUGACGGCCCUGAAGGGGGCCCUGAAGGAGGAGGUGGCCUCCCGGGACCAGGAGGUGGAGAGCGUCCGGCAGCAGUACCAGCGAGACGCGGAGCAGCUUCGCCGGAGCAUGCAAGAUGCAACCCAGGACCACGCAGCGUUAGAGGCUGAGAAGCAGAGGAUGUCGGCCCUGGUGCGGGGGCUGCAGAGGGAGCUGGAGGAGACCUCGGAGGAGACAGGGCAUUGGCAGAACAUGUUCCAGAAGAACAAGGAGGAGCUCAGAGCCACCAAGCAAGAACUCAUGCAGCUGCGGAUGGAGAAGGAGGAGAUGGAAGAGGAGCUCGGGGAGAAGAUAGAUGCCUUGCACAGGGAAUUAGGGCAGGCCCGAGCCGGUGCUGGAGAUUCUCGCCAGGCAGAGGAGCUCAAGAAGGAGCUGCGGCGGACACAGGAGGAACUGAAGGAGCUGCGGGCGGAGCGGCAGAGCCAGGAGGUGGCCGGGCGGCAUCGGGAGCGGGAGCUGGAGAAGCAGCUGCGAGCCGAGGCCGACCGAGGCCGGGGGCUGGAGCAGCAGAACGUCCAGCUGCAAAAGACCCUCCAGCAAUUGAGGCAGGACUGUGAAGAGGCUUCCAAGGCUCAGAUGGCAGCGGAGGCAGAGGCAGCAGUGCUGGGGCAACGUCGGGCAGCAGUGGAGACGACGCUUCGGGAGACCCAGGAGGAGAACGACGAAUUCCGAAGGCGCAUCCUGGGUCUGGAGCAGCAGCUGAAGGAGGCGCGGGGCCUGGCGGAGGGCGGGGAAGUGGCGGAGGCACGGCUGCGGGACAAGGUGCAGCGGCUCGAGGCAGAGAAGCAGCGGCUAGAGGAGGCCCUGAACGCAGCCCAGGAGGAGGAAGGGAGCCUGGCAGCAGCCAAGCUGGCCCUGGAGGUGCGGCUGGACGAGGCCCAGCGUGGGCUGGCCCGCAUGGGGCAGGAGCAGCAGGCACUGAACCGGGCCCUGGAGGACGAGGCGAAGCAGCGGGAGGCGCUGCGGAGGGGCAAGGCGGAGCUGGAAGAGCAGAAGCGCUUGCUGGACAGGACCGUGGACCGACUGAACAAGGAGCUGGAGCAGAUGGGGGAUGACUCGAAGCAAGCCCUGCAGCAGCUCCAGGCCCAGCUGGAGGAUUACAAGGACAAGGCCCGGCGGGAGGUGGCCGAUGCCCAGCGCCAGGCCAAGGAGUGGGCCAAUGAGGCCGAGAAAACCUCGGGGGGGCUGAACCGGCUUCAGGAUGAGACCCAGAGGCUGCGGCAGGCCCUGCAGGACUCCCAGGCGGACCGGGACGCAGCCCGUCUGGACAAGGAGCUGCUGGCCCAGCGGCUGAAGGAGCUGGAGCAAGAGGCCCAGAACAAAAAGCGCUCCCAGGAUGACAGGACCCGGCAGUUCAAGGGCCUUGAGGAAAAAGUCUCGCGGCUGGAGGCGGAGCUGGAUGAGGAGAGGAACACUGUGGAGCUGCUGACCGACAGGGUGAAUCGUGGCCGGGAUCAGGUGGACCAGCUAAGGGCAGAGCUCAUGCAGGAGAGGUCCGCUCGCCAGGACCUGGAGUGUGACAAGAUCUCCCUGGAGAGACAGAACAAGGACUUGAAGAGCCGGUUGGCCAGCUCCGAAAGCUUCCAGAAGCCCAACUCCAGCCUCUCUCAGCUUGAAUCCCAGAACCGGGAGUUGCAGGAGCGGCUGCAGGCCGAAGAGAGGGAGAAGACCGUGUUGCAGUCCACCAACCGGAAACUGGAGCGGAAGGUUAAAGAGCUGUCCAUCCAGAUUGACGAUGAGCGGCAGCAUGUCAAUGACCAGAAAGACCAGCUAAGCCUGAAGGUGAAGGCUUUGAAGAGGCAGGUGGAUGAGGCCGAAGAGGAAAUUGAGCGGCUGGACGGCCUGAGGAAGAAGGCCCAGCGUGAGCUGGAGGAGCAGCAUGAGGUCAACGAACAGCUCCAGACCCGGAUCAAGGCUCUGGAGAAGGACUCCUGGCGCAAAGCUUCCCGCACAGCUGCUGCUGAGUCGGCCCUCCAACACGAAGGGCUGAGCUCCGAUGAGGAAUUCGACGGUGUGUACGAUCCUUCCUCCAUCGCAUCGCUGCUCACGGAGAGCAACCUGCAGACCAGCUCCUGCUAG